GUGGAGCUACCAGUCCGUCAAGGACUUCGCUGCCACCAAGACCCAGCUGCUGCCGGCGCUCUACGUGGGAAAGCACACGACCAGUUUCUACGCCGUGACCUCCCUGGUGCACGGCAGCGUGGCUCUGGUGGGCACCAUGAGCUGCCUCCUUUGGUCCACACCACGAUGCUGCGAGCCUUCCCAGAGAACCUGAGGAAAACCACGGAAACCAUCAUCCCCAGGGCUCCUCCCACCAGGACCGUGUUUGACGAUUUCCUGGCCCCGAGCAGCCCGGAGGAGCCAGCUGUCCGCAGCGAGCAGCAGCUCCAGCCAGACCCCACGCCGGGGGAGCAGGUGGAGGUGUACCCCGAGUCUGGCACCUGGGACCUGGUGAUGGCUGGCGUUGGCACGGCUCUGCUGGGCGGGGGAAUCCUGGUCCUGCUGCUCACAAAACUGCAGCGGCAGCAUGUGGCCCAGCAGCAGCAGCUGGAGGAGCAGAUACAGCUCCUGCAGCAGCAGCAGGAGAUGCUGCGCUCCGGCCGAGUCUCCAGGGAGGGCGUCCCUGAGGAGCCCAGGGAGCUGGAGCUGAGCCAGGGCAGGGCCUCAGAGCUCUCACAGAGCUCCAGCCCCUCUGCCUCCCUGAAGGACUCAGCUAACGGGACAGUCAGCCCAGAGCCAGCUGUCCCAGGGGCUGAGGAAGAUGCAGAACCAGACCUGGUUGUAGUUGGGAAAGUUUCUUUUAACCCCAAGGAUGUGCUGGGCCAUGGAGCUGGAGGAACCUUUGUCUUCAGGGGGCACUUCGAGGGCCGCAGGGUGGCCGUGAAGCGUCUCCUGCCCGAGUGUGUCCACCUGCUGGACCGCGAGGUGCAGCUGCUCCGGGAGUCGGACGAGCACCCCCACGUCGUCCGCUACUUCUGCACGGAGAGGGACCGGCAGUUCCACUACAUCGCCAUCGAGCUGUGCUCCGCCACGCUGCAGCUGUACGUGGAGAGCCCCAGCUUUGAGCGCCGUGGGCUGGACCCGGUGUCCGUGCUGCGUCAGACCAUGUCCGGGCUGGCCCACCUGCACUCCCUCAGCAUCGUGCACCGUGACCUGAAGCCCUGUAACAUCCUCAUCUCUGUCCCGAACCGCCACGGGCAGAUCCGUGCCGUCAUCUCUGACUUUGGCCUUUGCAAGAAGCUUCAGGGGGGACGACAGAGCUUCAGCCUCCGCUCCGGGAUCCCCGGCACUGAGGGCUGGAUCGCGCCCGAGGUGCUGCAGGAGGCCCCGAAGGAGAACCCUACCAGUGCUGUGGACAUCUUCUCAGCCGGGUGCAUCUUCUACUACGUGGUGUCGGGGGGACAGCACCCCUUUGGGGACAGCCUGCGGCGCCAGGCCAACAUCCUGGCAGGCUCCUACCAGCUGAGCUGCCUGCAGGAGGAGGCUCACGACAAACUCGUUGCGAGGGAGCUGAUUGUGGCGAUGAUCAGCUCCGAGCCCCAGCGCCGGCCCUCGGCCCCCGUGGUCCUUGUGCAUCCCUUUUUCUGGAGUCAGGAGAAGCAGCUGCAGUUCUUCCAGGAUGUCAGUGACCGUGUGGAGAAGGAGCCAGCCGAGGGGCCCAUCGUCUCAGCCCUGGAAUCGGGGGGACGGGCGGUGGUGAGGACCAACUGGAGGAUGCACAUCUCCCUCCCGCUGCAGAUGGACCUGAGGAAGUUCCGCACCUACAAGGGGGGGUCAGUGCGUGACCUGCUGCGGGCCAUGAGGAACAAGAAGCACCACUACCACGAGCUGCCGGCCGAUGUGCGGCUGGCCCUGGGCUCCGUCCCCGAGGGCUUCAUGCAGUACUUCACCUCCCGCUUCCCGCGGCUGCUGCUGCACACGCACGGAGCCAUGCGGGUCUGUGCCCACGAGCGCAUCUUCCACUCCUACUACUGCCAGGGCCUGAGGGGCGACGGCGCCUGAGGGCCUUCAUGGCUGAGGGACGCAGGUCAUGGCCGAGGGCCGCGGGUCAUGGCUGAGGGGCGACGGUGCCU